UUGACUGUUGCCAGUCCUUUGGCCUCUGAGUGUUCGAUGCAGGCCAGUAGUUGGGGUUGUAAGAUGUUUCCUCUGGCUUUGGCAAGACUUUCCUAUGACUGCUGGUUUUCCAAGCUCUGCAACCUUAAGCUUCCCAACGAGGAGUGGCUGUGACGCUGUUGGGUCUCAUUUCCCUGUGUGACGGUAAGGGAAAAUGAGCCCAGAGUUUCAGCCUUGGUGGCUGAAGGCAUGUUCCUUGGGUGAAAGAGGAAAUGGAAUCUGUUAUCUUAGUGGGUAAUGCUGGCACCCUACUAGCAACAACUGCAAAAUGUGGCUGGGAUGGUGCUGGAAGGGUUCUGUCAGUGGGCCCUGUGGGCCGUUGUUACUAAAGACACGUGUGUCCAGUGGCACCUCUGGGUCCUUCACUCACUGCCUGCUCCUCUCCCUGGGGGACCAGGUUACUUGCAGAGGAAUGCUCAGAUGCCGCAGCACAGCUCUUCCCAGUCCGGCUCAGCCUUAUUUUUCCAUCUGCCUUCUGGAGGACAGAUGCACGCCGCAGUGGAGCCAUAUCAGCAGAACUGCACGGGAAGCCACAGACCCCAGGCCGGGCAGCACAGCCCUCAAGGAGCUUAUCCCGUGUGGCCCAACUGCAGCGCUCUGCCCGGUGCCAACUUCUGCAGCGCAGGACUGGGAGAGAUGAACCCGGCGGCAGCAGGGAGCCAGUUACGUGGCAGCGUUCCUCCUCAGCGGGGGGCAGGGAUGCGCCCCCCAGCAGGUGGCAUGGCUCACAGAGCACAAGGAGCAGUCGCCGUGUGUGCUGCUGCCAGCGCCAUCCAGAACUGGCCACCCGGUUAUCCCAGUGUGAACCAAGGGGGAAUGCUGGGCACUGGACCUCCUUACGGACAGGGAACUAACAGCAUGGCUGGUGUGAUCAACUGCCAGGGCCCACCUUAUCCCGUGGGUGGGAACAUGGCUAACGGCUCUGAAGGGGUGGCAGCAAGUCCUAAAGUGAUGGGUCUGGCGAAUGUCAAAUUAACUCCUGUAACUAAAAAUAGAAAGAGGGGAGAAGAGACCCAAAAAACUCCAGUCAAAGAAUCCCAGGCGACCGAUGGACAGCAGCUGCACCCCACCUGCCAAGCGGCUCAAAGCGGGGAUUCACAGCUUCCAUGCAGCGCCGGGCAGGGGCAGCCGCAGCAGCAGCCCAGAGCUCUGGAGAAUCGCACCGCUCCCAGCAAAUCUGCGUCCCCACAGCCAGGGAGGGGAAAGAAGAAGGCAGGACCGCCGAUCCCCGUCGCGCACGUGGCACCGGCAGCGGAACGGCCUGCCAGGAAGCGACAGGCUGUCUCCUUCCCUCCGGGAUCAGUGGAAGCUGCCAAGCUGGUGUUACAGAAAAGGAGGCGGCUGACAGCAGCAGAUGUUGGAGCUCCUGCAGCCUGGAGGGUGAUGAUGUCUCUGAAGUCUGGGCUGCUCUCUGAAAGCACGUGGGCCUUAGACACCAUAACUGUCCUGCUCCACGAUGACAGCAGCAUCGCGUCCUUUGACCUCAGGCAGCUGCCAGGCCUGCUGGAAGUCCUGGUGGAAUAUUUCCGGCGCUGCCUGAUCGAGGUCUUUGGAAUCCUGGAGGAAUAUGAGGUGGGUAUUUGCCCAGGGCAAAGAUCACUCUGUGGGUUGGAGGGCGCCCACCUGCUCUGGCAGCUUGGCGGUGGAGAUACCACUGAGCACAUCCAGACCCACUUUGAGAGCAAGAGAGAGCACUCCGCAGCUGAGAGCAAUGGAAAUGCUCGGGAAGGGCAGGCUCCUCCAUCUGACAGCUCCUCAGCAGUUCUGGAGGAUGAGCCUUGCAGCAGAGACGAGGCCCCACUCUGCCUCACCCACGACCGGCAGGGCUCUCUGGCGAAGCGCUGCAUCUGUGUCUCCAACAUCAUCAGAAGCUUGUCGUUUGUGCCGGGCAAUGACGCCGAGAUGUGCAAACACGCUGGGCUGCUGCUGAUCCUGGGGAAACUACUGCUCUUACACCAUGAGCACCCAGAGCGCAAGAAGGCAGCCCUGAGCUCGGAGAGAGAAGAGCUCGAGCAGGACCAGGGGCUGAGCUGCGGCCAGGAGGAGUGGUGGUGCGACUGCCUGCAGGAACUGCGUGAGAACACACUGGUGACGCUGGCCAACAUUUCUGCCCAGCUGGACCUGUCCCCUCUCCCAGAAAGCCUCUGCUUGCCCAUCCGAGGACUCCUCCACUGGGCAGUGUGUCCAUCAGCAGAGGCCCAGGACCCUUUUCCAGCGCUGGGGUCGAAUGCCGUCCUCUCCCCUCGGAGCCUGGCUUUGGAAACGCUCAGCAAACUGAGCACCCGGGACACCAACGUGGAUUUGAUCCUCGCAGCUCCCCCCACCAGCCACUUGGAGAUGCUGUACAACACUCUGCUGCAUUUCCUCCUCAACAAAGAGAGCCCGGUGUGCCGAGAGAUGGCAGUGGUCCUACUGGACGCCUUGGCACAGGGGGACAGCCUGGCAGCGAGGGCAAUUGCCUCACAGGAGAGGAGUGUUGGCGACUUGCUGGGCUUCUUGGAGGACGGCCUGGCCGCCACAUGGUGCCAGCAGAGCCAGGCUGGCCCGGUGCCUGAGCAGAACGCGCCCUGCGAGCCGCCGAGCGUGGACAUGAUGCGCCGACCAGCUCGGACGCUGCUCGCCUUGGCUGAGGCGGGCGAGAGCCGCUCGCAGUUCACGCUGCACGAGUCGCGGCUGUUGGACAUCUCCGUGUCGCCCGCGAUGGAUUCCUUGGUCUCCCAGGUUAUCUGUUCUUCAUUGCCUGGCCCUGACAGCUGCGGGGUGCAGCUCACCCUGUGAGCAUGCGUGAGCGGAGAACUGAGAAGCCAACGGUUGCCCUUUAUUUAUGCACAGCCACCUCAGGAAUCUGCUGCCUGCCCUGCGCUGUCCUGCUUCUCUCUUGGAGGAUGAUGUCCCCAUUUCCUUUCCCCUUCUCCUUCAAAUUUCUUCAAAUUUGUCCCAAAUCCCUAAUUAAAAGAGACAAAAUUCU